AUGGCCCCUGGAAAUCCCAAACAAACAGCAGAUUCGGAGCUCUCGGAAAAAGAACUCCAAUCUCUGGCCCAGGCUUCCACGACCACGACCACCUCCUCCUCUUCCCCAGAAUCCACCCUCAAGGAAGCAGCCACCACCGCCUCGGCCGCCCUCUCCGCCUCAAAAGAAGCCUCAUCCCUGCGCUCCCUAGCCGCCACAAUCCAAGACCCCACGAAGCGGGAGAAAUACCUAAAAGAAGCGUUUGACAAGGAAAUCGAAGCGCAUGGCCACAGCAAGAAGGCGCGGAUCCUGAGUUCCGGCGCGUUUCAGGGGAGUGUGGGUGGAGGUGGGAUUGGUAUGGCGGUUGGAGCGGGUUUGGGGACGGUGGUUGGGACGGUGGUGGGGGGAGUGGCGACGAUUCCGACGACGGCUUUGGGGACGCUGGUUGGGGCGGGGGUUGGGGGGGUGCAUGGGCCGUGGGUGAAGUUGGGGAUGGGGAAGGGGAAGGGUGGAGAUGGGGAUGGGAAGGAGAAUGGGAAUGGGAAUGGGGACAAGGAAGAGGUGUUGGAAGAAGAUGCGGUUCCUGAUCCGGCUGCUUUGAGAGAAGCAGCGGAUAAAAUUGCUGAAGCGAGAAGACAGCAAGAUGUGGACAAGGAGAAGAAGAAGAAGAAGAAGCCUAGGAAAUUGGAAGUGAGGAAUAAAUAG